AUGGAUUACCUAACAGAUAGAGUCAAUUGUGUCUACUUCGAAGGUGUACAAUCAAGAUGGGAAAAAAUGGAGUUGGGUACCCUUCAAGGAGGUGUUCUAUCACCUACUCUUUUUAAUAUUCUAAUGAAUGUUCUAGGAAAAAUUAAUAUACCAGGAAUCAUAAUCACAUAUGCAGACGACAUAGUAGUACAAGCUAGCAUAGAUAAGAGAAUAAAACAGGCAAUGAAGGCAUGCACAUCAUUAUGUAACAGCAUAGGAUUAGUCAUAUCACCUGAAAAGACUAAGAUGAUAGCGAGAGGUACACGCAACCGCUUGAUACUGCACAUACAAGGGCAGAGAAUAGAGAAGGUAGCCCAGUACAAGUACAUGGGUGUCGUACUCAAUAACAGGUGUCAUAAAUUGUAUGAAGUUAAGAGAAUAGUACAGGCUUCAGCAGCAAGGUUACGCUUCUUUGGAAAGUAG